ACGCUGUGGGCCGGCCCUUCAUCAAGGCUUUAAAAGUCGGCUCCAGAGCCGGCUCCGUCAUUCCAGAGCCUCUAUUUCAGGCUGUAAUACAAGUGUUGAAGCACAAUGGCCCGGACCAAGCAGACAGCGCGCAAAUCGACCGGAGGGAAAGCUCCUCGCAAACAGCUGGCGACCAAAGCGGCGCGGAAGAGCGCUCCAGCCACGGGCGGAGUGAAGAAGCCUCACCGCUACCGGCCCGGCACCGUGGCUUUGCGGGAGAUCCGGCGCUACCAGAAAUCCACCGAGCUGCUCAUCCGUAAACUGCCCUUCCAGCGCCUGGUGCGUGAGAUCGCUCAGGACUUCAAGACAGACCUGCGCUUCCAGAGCUCGGCCGUCAUGGCCCUGCAGGAGGCCAGCGAGGCUUACCUGGUGGGGCUCUUUGAGGACACCAACCUGUGCGCCAUCCACGCCAAGCGAGUCACCAUCAUGCCCAAAGACAUCCAGCUGGCCCGCCGCAUCCGCGGGGAGCGCGUUAAACAUGUAGCCGUGAGUACUUGCACGGACCCAAGCUAUUCCGCCUUUUUGAUUGAGAAUCUUUACUUCGAACUGGUAUACUUGGUCACCGCCUUUGUCCCUUCCGACACGGCGUGCUUGGCCAGCUCCCCGGGCAGCAGCAGGCGCACGGCGGUCUGGAUCUCCCGGGAGCUGAUGGUCGAUCGCUUGUUGGAUGCGGUCACCUACACCGGGCACGCCAAGCGUAAGACGGUCACUGCCAUGGAUGUGUUGUACGCUCUGAAACGCCAGGGCCGCACUAUCACAAUGGCCCGGACCAAGCAGACAGCGCGUAAAUCGACUGGAGGGAAAGCUCCUCGCAAACAACUGGCGACCAAAGCGGCGCGGAAGAGCGCUCCAGCCACGGGCGGAGUGAAGAAGCCUCACCGCUACCGGCCCGGCACCGUGGCUUUGCGGGAGAUCCGGCGCUACCAGAAAUCCACCGAGCUGCUCAUCCGUAAACUGCCCUUCCAGCGCCUGGUGCGUGAGAUCGCUCAGGACUUCAAGACAGACCUGCGCUUCCAGAGCUCGGCCGUCAUGGCCCUGCAGGAGGCCAGCGAGGCUUACCUGGUGGGGCUCUUUGAGGACACCAACCUGUGCGCCAUCCACGCCAAGCGAGUCACCAUCAUGCCCAAAGACAUCCAGCUGGCCCGCCGCAUCCGCGGGGAGCGCGCUUAAACUCGGAACCAAGGACAACAAAA